AUGAUAGAGGUGGUGCUUAAUGAUCGGCUUGGGAAGAAGGUGAGAGUGAAGUGCAACGAGGAAGACACCAUCGGAGAUCUCAAGAAGCUUGUGGCGGCCCAAACUGGAACCCGACCCGAAAAGAUUCGGAUCCAAAAAUGGUACAACAUCUACAAGGAUCAUAUCCCUCUCAAGGACUACGAAAUCCAUGACGGCAUGGGUCUCGAGCUCUACUACAACUAAAUCCUCUGGCAAGUGUGAAGGAGAUUUCACACGAUGUACAAUUAUAUCAAUUCGCGAGGAUUCUACGCAGAAAAGAUAUUGAAGUGUUCAUCAAGAGCAUGGAGAAGAAAAAGGAGAAGGAGGUGUCGUCUGUCGUGGAUCUAAUGAGAGUCGAAAGGAAUUGUCCGUGAUAAAAUCGUUUAUAUAACAGUUCUCAUAAUUUGCAAUAUAUAAUAAAUUUAGAUGGUAAAAAAAAAAAAACUCAUUUACAUAAAAUAUCAUGUUUUAUCUAUACACUUAUAAAAGAAAAACAAAG